CCCGCUGAGACACGCUGUGUGGCUGACAGUCCCGUGAGGGGACAGACAAGAGCCAAGCAGACAGAAAAGCAGCAAGUGAAUCACAGUCUGUGGCAGGUGCUGGGACGGGAACAGAGCGCGCUGGGAGGGGACACUUUAACAAGGGUGGUUUCCACGAGGAGACGGCUAUUGAAGAUUGAAGAGGAGGUCUUUGCUGAGGGUCACACUGAGCUGCGAGGUGCUUCGGGGGUGUCUUUAGGACUCAGCACCACGGCAGAAGACAUCAAGACCAAAGUCAAGAACGACCAGACCGCCCCUUUUGACAGCCGCUUCCCCAGCCAGAGCCAGACCCGGAACUCCUGGCAAAACUACCUAGACUUCCACCGCUGUGAGAAGGCGAUGACUGCUAAAGGGGGUGAGGUCUCCGUGUGCGAAUGGUACCGGCGUGUGUACAAGUCCCUCUGCCCCAUGUCCUGGGUGGCAGCCUGGGACGACCGCCGGGCGGAAGGCACGUUUCCCGGGAAGAUCUGA